GGAUAUUUUCUCUACUGCAGAUGCAGCUCAGGAAAACGCAGGGAGCAUGCUAAAGACCUGCAGCUAUUUGCCUUGUACAAUUUGCUCAUUUCUCUUUAUUUCUCUGUUUUCCUGCACUGAUCACUUAAAGGACAAUCUCUCUUGCAAACAAAAUCCCCGGAGCCUGAUUAGAAGGACUGACGGCUCCCAGACACGGAUUGCCUGCCAGCCCCAGCACGGCGGAGCGGGCCCGGCAGGAGGCGGAGCGGGCCGCCGCACGUCCCCCGGCCGGUCGGCCGGCCCCCCCGCCAUGGGUCGGAAGCGCUGCGUGGGGGGAGACGGCUCCAAGAUGGCGGCGGGUUGCUGCGGGGUGAAGAAGCAGAAACUCUCCAGUUCCCCUCCGUCGGGCUCGGCCGGCCCGGGAGGCGGCGGCAGCGGCUCCCACUGCGGCGGGGCGGCGGCGGCGGGGGGCGAGCCGGGGGCGCUGCCCCCGCCAGGUGGCCCCCGCCUCAACGGCCUUGGGGGGCUGGCGGGGGGCGCCGCCGGCUGCGCCCUCUCCCCGCCGCUGCCGCCCAGCUGCGGCGGGGGCCCCGCCGGCCUCUCCCCGCCGGCCGCCUCGCUGCUCUCCUCCCCCGGCGCCGGCUCCGGUGGGCCCGGCUGCAGGAAGAUGGUGGUGUCGGCCGAGAUGUGCUGCUUCUGCUUCGAUGUGCUCUACUGUCACCUGUACGGCUACCAGCCCCCGCGGAGCCCCCGCUUCACCAACGACCCCUACCCACUGUUUGUAACGUGGAAGAUUGGUCGAGAUAAACGAUUGCGUGGAUGCAUAGGUACUUUUUCCGCCAUGAACCUGCAUUCAGGACUCAGGGAGUACACACUUACUAGUGCCCUUAAAGACAGUCGCUUCCCCCCAGUGACCAGGGAUGAGCUGCCGCGGCUUUUCUGCUCAGUGUCUCUACUCACUAACUUUGAAGAUGUCUGUGACUACAUGGACUGGGAGGUGGGUGUACAUGGCAUUAGAAUAGAAUUCAUCAAUGAAAAAGGAUCAAAACGCACCGCCACCUACUUACCGGAGGUUGCAAAGGAGCAAGGAUGGGACCACAUUCAAACCAUAGAUUCCUUAUUGAGGAAAGGAGGCUACAAAGCUCCGAUCACUAACGACUUCAGGAAAACAAUCAAGCUCACCAGGUACCGUAGUGAGAAGAUGACGAUGAGCUACACAGAGUACCUUGCCCAUCGUCAGCAUCAUCACUUCCAAAAUGGUAUCGGGCACCCCCUUCCACCGUACAACCAUUAUUCCUGACACUGAGCCGCAUGACCAGUCACUGGACCUCUCUGCAGACCUCUUCCCCGGAGACCCUGCCCCGUCCUGGUCUAGCUAUCUCUAUUACUGUACCAUUUUAUGAUGAUAGUUUCCGUUGCCGUGUUGAGGCUUCGCACUUGGUUGAGCUCAUCAUGGCAACGGGAGGGAAAAAACGCAUUACUACAAAGAUCCCAUACUUUUUUUAUUAUUGAGUCACUGCAGAUUUUUUUGCAGCAUAUAUAGCCCUCGGGUUUUUUAUGAAACUUUAAAUUUCUACUUCGUUAACGUUGAAUUAUAUCAAUCAAGGCUUUCUGUGACUGUGGAUGGAAGGAAGAGUUGAAGGAUUACAGUUAGGGAUGCUUUGCUUAGCAAAAAGGUGUUCGUGGCUUUUUCAUUAAUAGGUGUGACAGGGAACGAAACAUAUCAGAUUCAGGUAUAUACUAGACAAUGAAUUGCAUUUUCAUAACAUUCUUAAUAAUGUUUUGUGUACAACAUCUCACCCCCCCCCAGUAAAGAUUUCAUGUAGCUAUAUACAGCACAUUCAGCCAAAAUGCCGAAGGUGACAUACAAUGCUUUUUCGGAUGAAGAGGAGCGAGUGCAGGUACAAUGGGAGGUGACGUUCACACGGCAGCAUCUUCCGAGGGGCCAGGACGUGACUGGGGGGUGACCGGGCACCUCUGGCUCCCGCUCUGCGCUGGGAAUGGAGGACAGUCCGGCCCUGUGGACAGUUGUCACCGAGACACGUUUGUAAUGAGCCGAUGCCUUCCUGAUGAGCUCGCGUUAGGAGUGGCAUUUGGUUUAAAAACGGGCUGGUGAGUAACAGAUUUCAUAUUGGGAAGAAAAUGGAUUUAGAUUUUAGUGCCUUUGACUAUGACAUAACUAUAUACCUGUAUGUAACAUUCAUAGGAAAAACACAGCAAAUAAGCCAGACAUUCUAGCAAACUAUUGACUCUGCUCUGCUGUCAGGUUUUUGGGGAUUUCUUUUUUUAAGUAAUAUUAUUUUUUAAUAGCAAACCUGUUUUAGAGAAGAAAAACCCCAGAUUUGUUCGUUCUGCUUUUGACCUUUUUGAGUUUUAUCAAGUCUUGAAUAGUUAGAUAAAUUAACUAUUGUUUAAAAAAGGUUGUUGUGGACGAGCACAGGACAAGUAUGCCGUAAUUUGACUUGUUUUCGUCAACAGGAAUAGUUCUUGUGAGCUCUAAUACUGGGUGUAGUAACUGACACCCCUCCACAGGGCAGAACAAAGACAACUAAUUGGAAGCUUUUCCUGCUGUAAAUCCAGGGUGUAGCAGAAGGCCUGUGCGGUGUAUUUGCAAACCCAGUAUUUGCUGGGAGCCGGUUGCUCACGUGCUCCCAACAACGGUGCAAAUUGUAAGGGACAACGCACGCCGUCUGUUCUAGAAAAGACCUUCCUAAUGCGAGCGAGUGAAGCACAGGAAGCAGAAAUCCCGGUAAUUUCGCAUAAUGAAUGUCUGUAGAUAUAUAGAUGUAAAAUACAAAUGGACAAAAUCCGUUAAAAUUCAGUUGUUGAAAAAAAAUCAGACUAAUUGUGAAAACGUUUGGGUAAGUUUUCAACCCAGAUGUGGGUGAAUAGCGCUCAUCCCUUCCGCCAGGUUAGCUUUCUCAUUCGUUCUAAUGGAGGUUCUUGUAGAAGGUCGUAGGUGUUUCCUUCAUCCACAGCAUUUGAUGUCCAAAUAUUAACAUUUUCAGUUGUGAUGCCUUAAUUUAUAAGCAGAGGGCCUGAAAUUUCAGGAGCCACGAGAAGCCAGCCAGAAGCUGCAGAAAUUACUAGAUGUUUAUACAGAAGCUAUUUUGGAUGUCACUGUUGUCUUGUUUCUACUUGGGGAACACUUUUAAAUGGAUUCGUCUUCGAGUGGAAAUGGUGAAGCGGUGGCUACCUGAUAGAGUUGUGUUGGGUUUUUUUUUCCUUGCCCUUAUAGGGAAACUGAGCACAAACGGAACCAUUCUGCUGCAAAAAAUAGAGAGCAAAUAGUCAUCCGCCCCCAUCUCUAGCCGUCAUCUCGUUCGGCGCGCUCAUGCUGCCGUAUGAGCGCACCGGUAGAUGUUUUUUAAAAAAGAUCUAUUAUAUAUAGAAAUAUAUAUGUAUUGAAAGGUGCUAAUCAACCUCAAGCAGGUCACGUGACUGGUCAUGCGGAUCUAAAAUCAUAUCAGAUUUUUUUAAAAAAAUCUUCGAUAUAUGCAGAUGUUAUACAGAAUUUCUUACCAGUGUAAUAAUGAUAUACUGAUGAAUAAACAAUCCUGCAGGUUUUUAAGGACAAGGUCAGCAAUACUUCCCACCAUGGCUUGGGGGGGAAAAGGAUAGUUUUGUCUCCUUUUUGUAUCCAGCAUAAUGCACAAUGCAUUUUUGUCUAUCUCUUAGUAGCUGUUGCUUAAAAAUAUAGUUAAAAGGGUGUUAUACAAACUGUAAAGGUGUGCUUUGAACUGAGUUAACGCCAGACCCUUCUGGACCAGAGUUUUGUAUCACUAAUUAAACUGUUACAGAGUCUGUGGUCAAUCAGAUUGUAUGAUAUGCUGUUGUUGUUGUUAAAGAUCGGAAUAAUCAGCCUGUCCACAGUGUUCUAGGGCACCUACCUCCUCAGCACGCGAGUGCUGAAACGCUUUGGAUUGUUUCUGUGUAAUUGUGGGUUUCUUUGUACACACCGUGCAGUUCACUGUGACACGCACUGGGACAGAACAGGUCUGUUUGUUUAAGCCUCCCCAGGAGCCGUUCCCUGCGAGCUACGGUCAGUACCUUUGAGCUAUGUCGCUGGUUUUCGAUACAGAUUUGUAUUGUUUAUUUUAAUUUGGAGUACUUUAAAAGAAGUUAAGGUACAACCAAGUAGCUUAUUUCUCUGCUUUUUAAGUUGGAAUGCGAAUGUUUCUGAGCACUACUCAGUUUGCCUUAUUCACUAAAGAGAUUGUUGUUUGGUUGUUUAAAUUCUUUCGCUUAAUGUUCCUAAAAACCCUGUUCUGUGAACUGAGUUAGACAACAAAACCGUAGAGCUGACCUAAACUCUGACGUAGCCCGGCGGCGAGCGGCGCCCUGUGCCGGGCCGGUAGCACCGACGUGUCCCCACGUCCCCCACGGGGCCGCGGCGCAGCUCUGACCUCACACCUCCCGUUCCACCGAGGCAGCCAAAUCAUUUGCACACCCCGGCGUUUGUAUACGGACCUCUCGACUCGUCUUCAAAUGUGCGGGUUUCUCAACCUUGUUGUCUGGAGUAGGUUACACCUCCUGUGUGUGUCGGAUCGAACCAAAGACGCCUCCAGCCAUGCCCAGAUGCUGCUCCUAAGCCUGCCUUCCCGUCCUUACGACAGCCCUGCAGGAUUGAAGGUGUUAACUUUUUUAUUUUUGUACAGUUUCUAACUGAUUUUUUGCUAGUGAUGUUAAUUAAGUUUAUUUGGGGAGUCAGAGUGUCUCCUCCAUUUAAAUAAACUGGUGACUUUCCUUUAUGUUUAAAAAAAAAAAGAUUAAAAAAUAGAAAAAAAAAAAAAAGGAACCCAAAGUGUGCCUCUCAGAUUUAAGGGUUUCUGGUUACAUUUAUUCUUAAGACCAGCAGUGAUUCUUUAUAUACAAAGAUAUGUUUUCCUCGUUUUUUAUUACUGUCAAAAAAUAAAGGAGAGAAACCUCUUUGUUUGCUCUGGACCCAGUAACUGCGCUGGUACAUAAACGCACUGAGAAAACCAACUUUUGUUUGGAACUUUUGUAACAACUUCUGACUGUUUUUUGUAUAUCAAAGUUGAUUCUUUUCGAGAUAUUUGGAUCUAGUUUCUAAGUUAUUUUAGUGUUUUAUAUGUUACCAAAAAAAAAAAAAAAAAGAAAAGAAAUUACUUUAAAAGGUUCACCAGCAUCUUGAGUUGCCGUGAACACGGUGGUGACACAAGGGGCUCGGAGCUGCCUGGAGUAGCUCGGGGGCCUCUGUCCUUUCCUUCCCUCCUUACUGACUUGAUUGAUUACAGUAAUAUCACAGAUCACCCGAACCCCCUUCCUUUAUAACUAGAUCCUCCUUCCUUCCACAUUUAAUUGCUGUUAGUGUGAAGAAACUGUUGAAACGGGCAUUUUAAUAUAAGUAUGGCUUAAAAAAGAGAAAAAUGAGGAAAAAGACAAAAAAAUCUAGAAGGUUAUCUGUGGGUCUGUGAGAUAUGGCUGUGGAAAGAUAUUGUAGUAGUUUUAACACUAUUGUUAUUACCUUUUAAAUCAUUUACCCAAUAAAAUAAGGAAAAAGAA